AUGUUGAACAUUUUACGAACAGCUGAUUUUUUUGGAGCUCCUUUUGUUUAAUAAAUAGAUCCAAAGUAAUCGAUUUAUAAAAGUGCUUUCGGAGGAUUAGUUACUUUACUAAUAUGUUCUGCAAGUUUGGGAUACGCUAUUUGGGUGCUUUAUUAAUGGUAAAAUAAUUAAUUAAGCCCCAAAAUUUCUAAUUCUAUGUAUGUAUCUGACUUUUCUUUAUUGGAUUUAAAUUAUGAUGCUAUUAAACUUUAUUAUUGGAGAUUUGGUGAAAACUAAAUAGAUCCUUUUGAAUCUAAAAUUUUAUUACCAUUAGUCAUGUACACUACCAAUUUCAGUUUUACUGAGCUUUAACCUAUCAAUGUGUCAAAUCAAACUAGUUUUGACGAAUCAAAAUUUUAUAUACCUAGGAUGAGUUUAGCUUUUUAAAAUAUUAGUGGUGAAAUAUUUACUACAUCUGAAAUGUAUAUAUAGAUAGUAAGAUGUUAAGAAAUUUAUCUAAAAGAAAAUGAAAAAUGUGCUUCAGAUGAAUUAACAGAGUAAUUUUUUUAAUAACCUUUAAAUACAAUAAUUGUUUAAGUACAUUAUAAAUAAUUAAAUUCUCGAGAUGGAUCAGAACAAAAUAGCUUACAAGAGUUUUAUAUAUAAAUAGAAAAAUAAAAUUGUUAUACAUUAAACACAUUUCUAUAAAGUAAUUUUUAUGAAGUCCAAGAUUCUUUUUUAUUUGGAUUUUCUAGAAAUCUUGAAUAUAUUAAUGGAGCCUUUAUACAGCCCUAAACAAAUUCACUUGAGUUUUGUAAACAGGCAUAUGGAAAUGAUGUUUUAGGUCUAAUCUACAUUGUUAUGAAAGGAAAUUAAAUUAAGACGAUUUUUGAAUAUCCACAUGCAGGCGAUCUUUUAGCUAAUAUUGGUUCAAUAGUAUCAGUUCUUUUCAUGAUUAAACAUGUCAUUAUCAUUUUCAAUGAAUACUAUCUUAAUAAGAAGAUAUUAAAUGAACUAAUCUAAUUUUAUUAUCCUGAAUUCAAAAAUAUCAUUAUAAAAAGAAAUUGGAGAUUUAAAAUGGUAAAAGUACUUUUAAAUUCAUAUGAAGUAGAUGUCAAAGAAUUUAAACUAUUUUAUAAGAAAGUUUAAACUUAAAUGCAAACAAAAUUGAGCUACUUAAAUUUAUUAUAUGAAAUGUCAAGAAUUUACUUUAUUAUCAGAUCAUUUAAAUACAGAUAAGAACUCAAAAAGGCUCAUUAAAUUGGAAUAAAAAUUAAUCUUUCUUAACCGAAAGAAUUUAUUGAUUCCGGUCCUAAUUCUAAUUGGACGAAUAGAGUAUCAUCAACAAUAUCAUACCUAAAUGAUGAAGAUGCAGAUUUGUUAUCUCUUUCUAAUAAAACUUUAGAGCAGAAUCAACUUUAAAUUCCAGAUGAAAUUUGUUUAGAAAAUGAUUUUUAUGAAUCUAAUAAAGUUCUAUGA